AUGCUUCGCAGUAGGUCUCCGGAAGGGGAUCAAAUGGGCUGGCUACCACCACGAGAUGAGGAUAGAAUGGUCUCGCGAUCGCCCUCACCUGGAUAUCGAAGGAGGUCCCCGUCGACAUCAGAUCGAUCUAGCCACCGUAGUCGAAGCCCCAGCCCCUAUGAGCGACCCCGAGCAGUUCAUCGCCUCCCGACGGCCAAUUCGAGCGCGUUGCACACGGCACCUGCGACGGGGAAAUCCAAAAAAGCUGGAAAACAGCGAAACGGGCACAAAAAUGCUCGAGGUUCGACUGGCAAGCAGCCCGCAAGGUAUCCCGAAGACGAUGUUGCCGCAGACUCCCUUUCCAUGCCUCCUCCACCGCCGCCUUCUCGGCCAAAGCAAUCGCGGCAGCAAACUCCCGACUGGAGAGACGAACACACUCCACUUCUUAAUCCAAACCCCAACGGACUUCCUCCCAAGCCCAUAUCGCUUCCAGAGAAACCCACCCGGAUUGUCCCCCAAAGGAAUGCGGGCUUCAAACCUAUCGGGCAGUCCAACUCUGCCUUGAAAAUGUUUUUCCCUGGGGACGAGGACGAGGCGGAUUAUAUUUCCAGUAGCAAUCUUACAAAGGACGCUCGCACCGAGCCGACCCCAACAAAGGGCUUCACUCGCCAAACUCUACUGGACGAUACUCGCAACGGCCGUGAGGCAGAGAAUCCACAUCAAUACGGGAAUGACCCGCCUCCCAUAUCCCGCCCACCAGCAAGUUGGGACCCUUAUGCAAGCACAUACCCAGUGGAUCCAAGGGUACCAACUCAGUCAUACACCAACGGUUUAACACCACAUCUCCCAGAACCCCCUCCUCAUAUCCCUCACCGGACUGGGCAAACGCAGUCUUACUGGAAAUCUCCGGCCGUCUCUCCACCUCCAGAGUCUGACGCUUCAAGAUGGAGUGGAGUGCCUGUUCCUCCGGUGCACCCCAACUUGCCCCCAACAUACACGGCAAGCGUGCCUCCUCGACCUGGUUAUGAAUUGCCGUACCGACCACCAGUUCCUGUGGACAACGCACCGGUUUCCCAUACAACUAAAAGCACUCCUCAGCCCUCUCCGAUACCAAUAUCAGAUCCUUCACCGGCUUGGCAAGCUUCCGCCUCUGCUUCUGGGGUAGCUACUCCUGUCGCCCCUGAGCAGCCAGAAAGCAAAGAUCUCUAUGUUAUCCUAAACCAGGUUGGAGAAGGAACGUUCGGAAAGGUCUAUAAAGCCCGCAACACGGUUGCCAAAGUCCAUGUCGCACUCAAACGCAUUCGAAUGGAGACCGAGCGAGACGGCUUCCCUGUGACCGCCAUGCGGGAAAUCAAACUCCUCCAGUCCUUGAAACAUCCUAACGUCGUUCAGCUCUACGAAAUGAUGGUGUCAAAUGGAUCUGUAUUCAUGGUUUUCGAGUACAUGGAUCAUGACCUUACAGGGAUUCUGUCGCAGACGCAGUUCAAAUUUUCAGACUCGCACCUCAAAUCCCUUUGUCACCAGAUGCUCGCAGGGCUUGCGUAUCUCCAUCACAAGGGUGUCAUUCACCGCGACAUCAAAGGCUCGAACAUUCUCCUGAACAACCGCGGUGAAUUGAAGCUGGCCGACUUUGGCUUAGCCCGUUUCUAUCAGAAGCGUCGGCGCACAGACUACACCAACCGAGUUAUCACCCUUUGGUACCGACCCCCCGAGCUUCUCUUUGGAGCAACAGUAUAUGGACCUGAAGUCGAUAUGUGGAGUGCUGGUUGCAUCAUGUUGGAGCUAUUCACGAAGAAGCCCGUUUUCCAAGGGAACGACGAAAUCAACCAGCUUCAUGUUAUCUUCAAGAUACUCGGUACACCAACGACGGAAAGAUGGACUGGGCUGAACAACCUUCCCUGGUUUGAACUUAUCAAACCGAAAGAAUCUUUACCCAACCGCUUCAGAGACCUCUUCCAAAAAUGGAUGUCUCCGGCAGCGUUGGAUCUGGCUGAACGGCUGUUGACAUAUGAUCCCGAACUUCGUGUCUCCGCUCAAGAAGCAAUGGAAGCUCCUUAUUUCACUCAGGAACGACCAUUUGCAGAAAGGCCAGCAGGCCUUGCUUCGCUAGAUGGAGAAUGGCACGAGCUGGAAACCAAGCAGGAACGCUUAAAGAAGCGCAAAAAGACUGAAAGUACAGCCUAA